AGAGCGUAGAAAGGAGUUUCCAGGUUCAAAAAUCAUGAACGUGGAUCAAUUUUCUUACAAUUCACUACCAUUCGACAUAGUUCUCAAAAUCGUAUCUUCUCUUCAGGUGAUGUGUUCCUCUCUCGUUUCCAUUUCUUUUUACUUUUCUGAUUACAUGUUUUGUUUUUGCCGCGAAUUUUUCAGCGGUUUAUUCUGUUGAAUCUGGUAGAUUUCCAUCGGAAGUAAUCUGGGUUUGUGUUCCUUCGGAUGGUGUCUGAUCUUUGUUCGCUGAGUAGCUGCUCUAGGUUUUGGAGGGAGCUGUGUGGCUCUGAUUGCAUAUGGGAACCUCUUUUCAGGGAAAGAUGGUCCUUAUUGACCUCUUUUGAUGUUCAUUCUACUCUAUUUCCUGGAAAUUUUCAGGUAUGGAGAAGUCUGUACAUAAUGCAGCACAACAGAAUAUCUGAUAGAGCCCGAACUCUGAUUACGUGUGUGAAACAUUCGUCAGCUUCAAGGUGUUUAGAAGCCGGUGUUUAUCUACAAGCCGUUGAAGCCAUGAACUCAAUGCAUUUAGGUUUCCAAGACGUAGAAUUAUUCUUCUUCAGACAAAACCCGGAUGCUCUAUUGAAUGCAAUCGGACUCAUAUACUGCAUCUGUCAGCUGAAAGUGCCGGGCAAGCAAAUCUAUGAUGCACUUAUUCGCUGCAAGAUCUCAGAGCAACAAGUGUGGGUGAGAUGGUGGAAGCUAGGAAGAUGGUCUCGUGUGGGACGAAUGAGGGAUGAAGCCACUUCACGCCAGGUAUCUUUCAUGGAUCUCGCAACAGGCAAAGAAGAAACCGUUCUUCGAGUUCUUCAACGUGGGGUGGUUCACGAGAUUCUACGGGUUUGUAUCUCUACUGUUGAUCCGGCAUCCACUCCUUGUAGCAGCAGUAGUGUCAGAAACUACUGAAACUCACAGUCUCUGCAAGUGAAUCAUGAAAAGUGGUUUUGCAUAGAGAUGGGUGCUGCAUCAGCUAGUUUGUAAACGUUUGCUUAUGUUUCUCCUUAGCAUUGUCCUUUUGGUGGUUUGACCUGUAUACACUUUUGUGAUUCAAAGUUAUGUAAAUGUGUAUGUAAUCCAGAUAUGUGAAAUAAAUCCAUUAUAAUUCUUCA